AGAACUUCCUGUGUGAGGUGGUGGAUUUCCCAGCGUCCCUCGCGCUCUUCCCCCUCUUCUCUAGCGCUGCGUCUCUGUGUGCAGACAGACCGAGCGCCACCAUGGCUAUCCUUAGACCCCUCACCAAGCCCAACAUUGUAAAGAAAAGGACCAAGAAGUUCAUCAGACAUCAAUCUGACCGUUAUGUUAAGAUCAGGAAAAACUGGAGAAAGCCCAGAGGUAUUGACAAUAGGGUCCGUAGGCGCUUUAAGGGGCAGAUGCUGAUGCCAAACAUUGGUUACGGUAGUAACAAGAAGACCAAGCACAUGCUGCCCACUGGAUUCAGGAAGUUCCUGGUCCACAACGUCAAGGAGCUUGAAGUCCUUAUGAUGAGCAACAAGAGCUACUGUGCAGAAAUUGCCCACAAUGUGUCCUCAAAGAACAGGAAGCUGAUUGUGGAGCGGGCAGCUCAGUUGGCCAUUAAGGUCACAAAUCCCAACGCAAGACUCCGCAGUGAGGAGAACGAAUAAUCUGGCCAGCUCUGUCUUUUCAAUAAAGUUAAUGUUAAAUCAC